AUGGAUGAAGAACCCAAAGAUCCUCUGAUUUUGGGAAGACCUUUCCUUGCCACUGCUGGAGCUAUAAUUGAUGUGAGAAGAGGCAAGAUUGAGCUGAAUUUGGGUAAAGACUGCAAGAUGGUGUUCAAUGUAAAAGAUGUUAUGAAGCAACCAACUAUAAAUGGUGAGUCGUUUUACAUUGAAACACUUGAGCAGCUAGCCGAAGACUACUUGGAGGAAUUGGGAGUUGAGGAUAAGCUGCAGCUGGCUUUGACUAAGGAUAAUGAGGAGUUUGGAUGUCUACAAGCAGAGAAAACGAAGAGCAUCCGGGAUGGAAAACAGGUUGAGAACCUGUUUGCUCUAGAGUCCAAACCAAAGGAGGAAAGCUCUCAAGAGCAAGGCACGGACGAUGACUGGUCUGAGCUUAAGGCUCCCAAAGUCGAUCUCAAACCACUCCCAAAGGGGCUCAGGUAUGCGUUCUUAGGCUCUAACUCCACAUACCCUGUCAUUGUCAAUGAUGCAUUAGACCCCCAUGAGCUUGAAACCCUCCUUGUCGAGCUGCGAAAGUACAGGAGAGCUCUUGGAUACUCGCUGGACGAUAUCAAGGGUCUCUCCCCUACUCUAUGCACUCACAGGAUCCAUCUCGAAAAUGAAUCAAAGGGAUCUAUUGAGCAUCAGCGUAGGUUAAACCCCAAUCUUAAAGAAGUAGUAAAGAAAGAAAUCUUGAAGCUUCUUGAUGCAGGAAUCAUUUACCCUAUUUCGGACAGUACUUGGGUUUCUCCAGUACAUUGCGUCCCAAAAAAGGGUGGGAUUACUGUCAUCAAGAACGAAAAGAAUGAAUUGAUCCCAAGUAGGACAAUAGUUGGACAUAGAAUGUGCAUUGAUUAUCGUAAGUUAAAUUCUGCAUCAAGGAAAGAUCAUUUUCCUUUGCCAUUCAUUGACCAAAUGCUUGAAAGGCUUGGUUUGAAUUGGGAGAAGUGCCAUUUUAUGGUGAAAGAGGGGAUAGUCCUUGGCCACAAGAUCUCAGAGAAAGGCAUUGAAGUGGACAAGGCAAAGAUAGAAGUAAUGGUGCAACUUGGGGAGCCAAAAUCAGUUAAGGAUGUGAGAAGCUUCUUGGGACAUGCGGAGUGUAGCCAAGCUUUCUUGAAGAUCAAGGAAGCCCUUGUUAGCGCACCAAUUGUCCAAGCUCCAAAUUGGGAUCUCCCCUUUGAGAUAAUGUGUGAUGCCUCAGACUUCGCGGUUGGAGCAGUGCUGGUCAGAAGGAGCUACAUUGUGGGAUCAAAGGUCAUAGUUCACACCGAUCACGCAGCUCUCAAGUAUCUCUACACCAAGAAAGAUGCUAAACCGAGGCUGAUAGAUGGGUUCUCUUGCUUCAAGAGUUCGAUAUCGAGAUCGUCGACAAGAAAGGCACCGAGAAUAGCGUGCCGAUCAUCUAUCAAGAUUGAGGAUUGA